UUUUGCAAUCGUGAACUUCGUUUUCUUCUAAGGAAAACACCACUCACCAUGGCCUCUCCGUAUAUUGCUAGUGGAUCUUUGUCACAAGAAGAUCUUCACAGGAUGUUAUCACCUAGAUUAGCCAAGUUGUCGGCUGAGCGGGAUAGAGACCAAAACUCGCUUCGGAGUAGGCGCGUGUCUGGAGCUAGUUCGAAUGCCGAGGAUGUGGAGAGCUACGAUGUCAGGAAUCGCUCUUUGCCUGAACAGUUCAGAGAUUUGGUGAGAGAGCUUAGCGAUUACCUUUUGGAUAGCACCUUUUUGGACUGUAUCUUUGAUGUGCAUCGUGAAGCGGCUAUACUACAUCGUCAUGGUUUGCAGAUUGAUAGCCCUCCUCCCACACCAAGUCAUGAGAGCUCACCGCAGUCGAGUUCGGACACACCACGGUCGCGCCCACCAGAAUCGAAUACGCCGCUGUUCCAGAUCACAGUCAAAUGCCGCGUAUGUGGGCGAAUGGUUGGUGCCAAAGUUUUCGAGAAACAUAUAAUCAACUGCAGAAAACUGGAUGGUAGUCGCAGCAGCUCUAGAGCGGCGGCUAAGAAGAUAGCGGAACAAGAGUUAAUUUCUGAGAGCGCGUUCAACGACGAGGACUUUAUUAGCCCAUUGCCAGUACCCGCAUCUUCUGGCGACGACGAAGAAUGGAACGCACCUAGAAAAAGAAGAAGAACGAGGAGACGGAAGUUAUGACAUGUUUCUAGCUAAUCCUAGAGCUUUUUAUAUCAGUGAAUUCCAUUAUUUCAUCUUAUAGAGAAAUUGCCCAGUUUCAUAUGCUGACUUUCUACGUGUACAGUCUCCGAUUAUGAGUAGCUGGUUCACGUGUGACGUUUAAUGCGCGGUUGUGUAUUGGUAUUGGUUCAUCUGUCUUUCUUCGCUGUAGCGUUGAGCUUCACACCUCAACCGCUUUGCCUCCGUCUUUUCAUGAAAAUAGGAAUCAUUCUCAUUCUAGUAUCUUAUAUGUGGUGUCCUAAUGGCUUAAUGCUCCUACCUACGGGUGAAUAGGUCUAUCCCUCUUGCUUUUCAGAAUGAUUGUAUAUUUUUAAUUUUGUCACUCAGGUCAACUCGGUACACAUUAAAUUGUGAUGAGUCAGGUUAUAAAGUGUAAGUUGUU